AUCACAUUUUUGGCGGCAAUCUAGCUACUUUCCUAUUUUCUUUUCAGUUUCGUGUUUUCCUUUUUUUUUUUCUGUUGGAUUUUGACUUUUCAUAUGUUAUCUCUAUUUAGGAAAUUAUAGUAUUUUUCUAACAAGGUUUGUGUCUUGGGAAGUUCUAUAUAAGCUACUACACAUCAUGCUUCUUGUUAUUCACUUUUGAUUAUUAUAUAAAACAGAGCUUUCACUUUUGCCUUCGAUUAAGUUCAUCCUACAAGAAGUAGGUCCUAAACAGAUUCUCAAUCUCUUUAGUUGAGCUGCUGAUAUAUUCUCAAAAUUUCGAAUGAUGGAAUUAGACGAUGAUUACGUGGAGUAUGUUCCAGUAGCUAAGCGUAGAGCGAUGGAAGCGCAGAAGAUACUUCAACGGAAGGGAAAGGUGGAGGAAGAAGAAGAAGCUGAGAAGGAGAAGAAGAAGGUCGCUGAAUCAUCAUCCAAACCUAGCUUGCUCCUCCAAGCAACUCAACUCAAACGCGACGCACCCGAAGUAACCGCAACAGAUCAAAUCAUUCUACAAGAGAAGGAGAUGAUGGAUCGCUUAUCCGAAAAGAAGACGCUAAUGUCUGUUCGCGAACUAGCCAAAGGCAUCACUUACACAGAGCCUAUGACAACAGGCUGGGAACCUCCUUCGCACGUUAGGAACAUGUCUAGAAAGCAGAUGGAUUCUAUCAGGAAGCAAUGGCAUGUUACAGUUAGCGGCGAAGAGGUUCCUCCUCCGAUCAAGAGCUUCGAGGAUAUGAUGUUUGAGAGACCUGUUUUGGACACGCUCAAGGACAAGGGGAUAGUGCAGCCGACUCCUAUACAGGUCCAGGGUCUUCCCGUGGCUUUGUCAGGGAGAGAUAUGAUUGGGAUCGCUUCCACAGGCUCCGGGAAGACUUUGGUUUUCGUGCUUCCAAUGAUUAGGAUUGCUCUUAUGGAGGAGAAGAGGAGACGUAUCGGCCCUGGAGAAGGGCCCAUUGGGCUUAUCAUCUGCCCGUCUAGAGAGCUUGCUAGGCAGACUUAUGAAGUUGUUGAACAGUUUGUGGGGCCCUUAGUCGAGGCUGGUUACCCGCCUUUGAAGUCGUUGCUAUGCAUCGGAGGUGUGGAUAUGAGAUCCCAGUUGGAUGUUGUUAAGAGAGGUGUUCACAUCGUUGUUGCAACCCCCGGGAGGUUGAAGGAUUUGCUCGCCAAGAAGAAGAUGAACUUGGAUGCUUGCAGGUACCUGACGCUGGACGAGGCAGAUAGGUUGGUUGAUUUGGGUUUCGAGGAUGACAUUAGAGAAGUCUUUGACCAUUUCAAGUCUCAGCGUCAAACCCUUCUCUUCUCCGCCACUAUGCCCGCCAAGAUCCAAGUCUUUGCCAGAAGCGCUCUGGUGAAGCCUGUGACGGUUAACGUGGGAAGAGUCGGAGCUGCGAAUCUUGAUGUCAUCCAGGAGGUUGAGUACGUCAAACAAGAAGCAAAGAUUGUUUACCUCCUCGAGUGCCUUCAGAAAACAACUCCGCCGGUUUUGAUAUUCUGUGAGAACAAAGCUGAUGUUGACGAUGUUCAUGAGUACUUGCUACUGAAAGGAGUGGAAGCGGUGGCCAUUCACGGAGGAAAAGACCAGGAGGACAGAGAGUACGCAAUCUCUUCCUUCAAAGCUGGGGGAAAAGACGUCUUGGUGGCGACGGACGUUGCUUCCAAGGGUCUAGACUUCCCUGAUGUGCAGCACGUGAUCAACUACGACAUGCCCGCGGAGAUUGAGAACUAUGUGCAUAGGAUAGGAAGAACGGGUCGGUGCGGGAAGACUGGGAUAGCUACAAUUUUUAUAAACAAGAACCAAAGCGAGACCACGCUGCUUGAUCUGAAACAUUUGUUGCAAGAAGCUAAACAGAGGAUACCACCUGUACUUGCCGAGCUGAAUGAUCCGAUGGAAGAAGCGGAGAGCAUUGCUAACGCUAGUGGUGUCAAAGGUUGUGCUUACUGUGGGGGUCUAGGACAUCGUAUUGGAGUCUGUCCGAAACUGGAGCAGCAGAAGAGUGUGGUGAUAUCUAACUCUAGAAAAGACUACUUUGGCUCUGGUGGAUACAGAGGAGAGAUAUAAUCUUUGUAAACUGUGUCACCUAUGUACAUACUAUCUGGAUUAAUAAAUCAUUAACGAAGGUUCUUUAGUUUUGGAUCAGUUUUGUUAAAUUUUUUCAGUUCGUUACAUCAAAGUCUAAACAGACAUAAGAGUUUGUCAAAGUCAACGAUAGAGACGGUUACAAAUUCUUCCAAUGAUGGGGGAACACGUGGCAAAAGGAGCUGAAAUUAGGUAGCGUGAACUCUGAUAAUAAGCUUGACCGUCUAUCAACCAAUAGAAACGAAUAUCAAUAAAUAAAUACAAUCAUCAUCGUCAUCCUCUUGCAGAACUUAAAUGCUUAAACGGAUAAAAAAAAGGUGAACUAUCCAACAACAUCUCUGACUCUGAUUCAUCUUUCUAUAUAAUCCUCAAUCUACUUAAUUAUUUCUUUAUUCAAUCUUCUUCUUAGAGAGAGAGAAAAAAAAA